AUGCUGAUUCUCCUGGUUUUCUCAGCUAUCCUGCUAGCAACAGCAUAUCAUUUAGUCAUCGAGCCCCUGUAUCUGAACCCAAAGAGCAAGAUUCCCGGACCAAAAUCGUAUGCUCUGACCAAAUGGCGCUUGGCUCUGGAGGACUUCCAAGGAACCAGGACAGGAACCAUCCAUGCGCUCCAUCAGAAAUAUGGCCCUAUCGUACGCGUUGGUCCUAACGAGAUUCAUUUCAACAGUUUGAACGCUCUACGCACAAUCUACGGAGCUGGCAGUGGUUUUGAAAGAACAUGGUUCUACCGCAUGUUUGACGCGUAUGGCAGGCAAAACCUAUUCACCUUCCAUUCUGUGAAAGAGCAUAGUGACCGCAAGAAGCUCGUCGCAAAUGCUUACUCCAAGUCACUGAUGCUUAAAGGACCAGCUGCUGCUAUGGUCCAGGAAAAGGUCUCGCAGUACCUGGCAUUGAUUAAGGAGCAAGGAGACCAACCACACGAGAUAUUCAGCAGUCUUCAUUAUUUCUCUAUCGACGCCAUCACGCAGUUUCUCUAUGGGAGUCAGGGCGGUACUUCUGCGUUGAAAGGCGAUAUUCAAGAUCGGGCUCUGCUCAACGACAUAAUCGAUCCGACUCGUCGCUAUCUGAGCUGGUUCGCGGUACACCUUCCCACCUUGACUAAAUGGCUGUACACUCGCCAAGGCCUGACAGAACGUCUCAUCAGGCCGUUCUUGCCCAUGCAGAAACCUACCACCUAUACCGGAAUUCGUAAGCACGCCUUAGAGGCCUCCCAACGCUUUCAAACAGCGGUAGAGGCCAAGUCCGAUUUACGAACAGCAGAAACUAUUAUAUCACGAUUAUGGGCUUCGCAUGAGAGCGUCAAAGGCUCUGGCCGUCAAGCACUCGAUUCCCUGGACAUCGCAUCUGAGUGUGCGGAUCACUUAUUGGCCGGCAUCGACACAACAGCAGACACACUGCUGUUCCUUAUUUGGGCACUCUCGCAGCCGCAGAACUUGUACAUACAGAAGAGACUGAUUGAGGAAGUGCGUACUAUACCCCGGGAUGCACUUGAUAGUGGCACGCCUAGGCUUGACGCCAUCGACAAAUUACCGUAUCUGCAUGCUGUCAUUCGAGAAACACUGCGACUCUACGCACCACUACCAGCUUCGGAGCCACGCUCACUAGGAGCUGACUGCGUCAUCGACGGAUACAAAAUUCCUGCACGCACUGUAGUGAACAUGUCGCCUUACUCUCUGCAUCGCAACGCUGAAGUAUUCGAAGAUCCACUGAGAUUCGACCCCGAUCGAUGGUUGGGUCAGACAGACAAGGUGGCACUGAUGAACAGAUGGUUCUGGGCCUUUUCAAGUGGUGGCAGAAUGUGUAUAGGAUUGCAUUUGGCCAUGGCAGAAAUGACCGCAUUGGUAGUUGCCGUCUAUCGAGAUUACAGCACAUCCAUUGCUCCGGGCUUCGAGGACAAGUCUCCCGCUAUCACCUCACGAUUCGAGCUGUUCUACGACGAAACCGUUCCAGAAAUAGCAGAACACACAUGCAUGAUUAAAUUUACGAAAGCAUGA